AUGCCUUACCCGCCGCAUCCGCAUUUCUCCCGCGCUAUGCAGAACCGUGAGUUGCAAAUCAUGCGAUUGCUGACACACAACAACGUCGUGCAAAUGCUGUACUUCUUCUACUCCAACGGAGACAAGAAAGACGAGAUCUACCUACACUUGGUGCUCGAAUUCAUCCCCGAGACAGCCUACCGCGUUUGCCGGAAUUACACCAAACUCAAACAGCACAUGCCCAUCAUCUUUGUUAAGCUAUACACCUACCAGCUGUUCCGGUCCCUGUCAUAUAUCCACUCACAAGGCAUCUGUCACAGGUAUGUGUUUAAUACAGUUUAA